AGCUCCCCACAUGCCUGUUCACAACACCAGACAAUCCUCUUCCUGGGAUUUUAUUCUUCCCUUUUAUUACCAUACCAUCAGUGCAUCACAUAGGGACACCACAAACCACAUCUUUUCACAUCAGUAGAAUAAAUGUUAGGCAGCUUAAUUUAAAAUCAACAUUACAUAACAAAAAUUGCAUGUUGUUAAAGUUAAUGAACUCAAAUAGCCUAGACAGUUCUUGGUAAAACUGCAAUUCAUCAGCCAGCUGUCAAAGCAGUGUAUUUAAAAAGCCACUCCUUAGCUUAAUCAUUGCAGUCUUAAAUAUUUGUUCUGUUUUUUUACAAUCAUUUUUUGUGCAAGCUUGCCUCUCAAUUACAGACUCAUUGAGUUGCUCCCCUCUUUUGCAGACACGUUCUUGUUGUAAUAAGUAAGAAGCACAGCCUAUGACAAUGUCAAACACGACCUGUAUGUCCUCUCCUGAAGCUACGGACAAUGGGCAAUACCACACCUGCGUUUUCACUGUUUGCACAGUCUUACUGAAUAACACAAAAGAGAUUAGCUUAUAAUGACUUAAUGAAAAGCUUUUGUGGGCCAGUUAUGUCGUCUGCACCAAUAGCGUUCUGCMCACUGUUGUUUARGAGAUCUAUUUAAAGAGUCACAUCAAGCUGAAAAUUGAAAGGAUGAAAGGUGCAGUCAUUAAUCUAUAACUAUUCAGAUAAAAAAUAAUUUAGACUAAAAACUAAAAGGAUGGAGAGUGCAAUCUUUCUGCUGAGUUUGCUGAUUUUUGGAUGUUCCCAAGCUGAAACCGAGUGCACGACUCGCAGAUGUCUGGCUCAAAUGUUAAUUAGUGAAGCAUAUUUAUCUCCACCUCAGUCUGAGAACUGCACCUUACUUGUUGACGUUCCAUUAAUUGAGUACGAAACGCUAUCAGUCGACAUGAAGGAACUGCAUGUAAUGAGUCGUCUGCAGGUUACAAUUGCAUGGGUGGAUCCAGAGCUGGCGUGGAACACAUCARUAUAUCCAUUUGRAAAACUCAUUUUGCCAGUAGAUACAGUGUGGACCCCAUAUAUCGCUAUAGAAAAUGGAAAAAGCUCCAUGGAGCAUGAUUCACCUGAUCUCGUGGUGUACAGUAAUGGCACAGUGGGGCACAAGGUGGUCAUAAUUGCAGAAGUGAACUGUGGAAUCAAYCUGUUCAACUAUCCUUUUGCUUUUGAUGUGUGCCCCGUUGGACUUAAAUCCACCCCACCACAUGAAUGUGGCAUAAGCAUAAAAGUCGAUCAUGUGAGGUUGGCAGAGAGUUCGCGUGGAGACUGGGAAACGGAAGAAGUGAAGCUGGGAAAAAAGCGAGAGGAUCGCAAUUUUAUUGACGUGUCUCUAAGGAUCAGAUAUACCAACCCAUUCAUCACAUUACUCCUGCCCACUAUCUUGAUCAUGGUGGCUGAUAUAGUCAGCGGUGCUCUGCCACUGCAAGGUGGUGAGCGCAACUCUUUCAAGGUUACCUUGGUGCUCAGCUUCACCAUGUUCCUGAACAUUCUCACCACCGUGCUUCCUGGAGACAGCAAGUGCAGCCCAAUCAUCCGAAUCCAUUUCUGUGUUUGCCAAGUCCUGAUGGUGAUAAGCAUGUUGGUAUCCAUAUUGUUGACAAGGGUGUCUCAAGAUGGGCUGGAUUUUUUCACCUGCUUCUAUAAAAGGCCUGCCCCUCAAAAUGCAGAAGACAACAAAGAAAAUGAGGAUGCAGAGACCAAAGGUGUCAUCAGUGUCGUUCAGCAAGGUCUUUCUGAGGACUCUAAAAUGCUCCAGAAGAUGGUCAGAUUCAUAGAGGCUGUUGACACCAAACAGGAAGAAAGUGAACGUCAUCAGAAACUUGCAGAUAAACUGGACAAAAUCUUUUUCUGGUUGUAUCUUAUUUUUAGCUCUGGAUAUGUUGUUGCCAUGACUUAUGUUAUGAUACAGUACACAUGCGACAUUGAUCAUUUUAAAUUUUGGGACUAAUGCAACAUAGAAGAUAAUGACUAAUUGUUUUUGACCUCUUAUUUAUUAUAAUAUAGCAUUAGAACCCCAUGAUAGAAUUCUUAGCUAAAAACUUAUAUACUCUUAAACCAUGUAACUAACUGUUAGUCAAACUUUCUAUUAUAUUCUACUUCAUCAGUUCAAGGGAGGUUUAUUUGUAUAGCUCAAGUCUUCACUACAAACAAGAAAUAUGGUGAAAGAAUAACAACAGAAUGCAAGCUUCACAAGCUAAAAAUACAAGUUCAAACUAAUUCAUGGCUUGUCCAAAACAAAACAAAUUCACUAACUGGAUUUACCAAAGAAAAUAGGAAAGAGACAACCACGAUAAUUAUUGCAAGGAUGAUUAUGUUUCACAUAUUCAAAUGUUAUUUAACUUUAACAGAUGGGCAUGGAAAAGAUGUUCAUUUGUUUCAGAAGGGUCAAAUCUGAUCUCUAACCUUUCUUUUCUAGAACCAAAAACUACAACCAAAAACUUGCUUUUCUGCAUUAAGUUAGCAGAAAAUCCUGACAUGCAUAUUCUGGACACAGUGGGCAUUUGCCUUUACGCAGAAACAUCAGGGGUCAAAGAUGAGAUGUUGUGACAAAGCCAUUUUUUUUAAAUCAAAAAUGAGUGAUGAAUGGCUUUUCUUAGGUGUUUUACCAAAUGAGUUAUUUUCCUGUAAUUACCAUAAUUAUUUUUGAGGAAUCCAGAUUAGGAUUUGUUAAGAGAUCACUGCAGUUCAUGACUUCCACAAAAUAAAGACUGAAAAGGUUAAUUUACUAUCUUGCAUAUUUUUGAUGCAACACAGCUAAAAACUUCUUGGAUCAAUGUAAAGGCUGUAAUUAACAGGUGGUUUGUGUUAGAAACUCAGUUGCAUAGUGGUGUAGUUGUUAGUGCUGUUGUCUUGCAGGAAGAUGGUCCUGGGAAGCAAUCCUAACUUGCACUAUGUCUGCAUGAAGUUUGAAUGGCUUCAUCAUGUACAUAAAUGUUAUUCUAGGUGUGAAUGUUCUCAUGCAAGUUGUUUAUUAUAUGAUGCUCUUUGAUGAACAGGUGAACUUGUGAAGGACGUACCACGCAGAUAGGCACCAGGGCCCAUGUGGUCUUACUAGAAUAUGUGUGUAUAGACAAUAGAUGGAGGAAUAGAUGCAUUAAUGAUUGUGAAGCCACAGAGACCAGAGAUGUAACUAUACAUUUCUUGCGUUAUUCUUUAUUUUAUCUGUUAAAUAAAACAAAUAUAUUCCCUA